CGUCUAUGACUAUCUGAUUUUGUUUCCUUGGCUCUGACCUAAUCUCAGGGAAGGGAUCGAUUCGCGAUGGCGAGUUUACAGAGAUUGGCAUCCUUAAUCCACCGUAGCUCCACCAAUCCUUCUCGCUAUUCCAGAGUGAUAAUAACUCGAUCAUCCGCUUCAUCUGCUCCAUCCCCGGCAUCAUCUCCAUCGUCGUCCAAAAAAGUCUCCGAUCGGAUCGUCAAGCUCCUUGCCAUCGAUCCCGAUGGCCAGAGGCGCAAUAUCAUUGGAAUGACCGGACAUACUCUCCUUAAAGCCUUGACAAACAGUGGCCUUAUAGAUCCGGCUUCUCACCGUCUCGAGGAUAUCGAUGCUUGUUCCGCCGAGUGCGAGGUACACAUCGCGGAGGAAUGGCUUGAGAAGCUCCCGGCUGCUACCUACGAUGAGAAGUAUGUUCUGAAGAGAAACUCAAGGGCGAGGGUCCUUAACAAGCAUUCCAGACUCGGAUGUCAGGUUGUCCUCACGCAUGAGCUUCAGGGAAUGGUGGUGUCGGUCCCUGAGCCUAAGCCUUGGGAUAUCCCGUAAGAGAAAGAGGGAAAUUGCCUACCUUGUAAGGAUUUCAACAUGUUUUAUUUUUCUGGGUGUUAAAGUUGAAUAAUUUUGCGCAUUUCUGUUGUCAUGACGCUCUUCUUUUAACUAUGGUUGUAUGAACCUUGUUAUCUGAUUCCAAUUUCCUCCAUUAUUAGACAAUGUUUUUAAAGUUUGCGUCUUUAGAUUGAAUUCUUGAACUGUUAAUAGAUUAUGAUGAAUACUCUUAAGCAA